ACUAUUAUUAAAGAUGUUAACACUAUCUUGAUAAGAAUUACCCAUGUGCUUUUCAUACCCCGAACCUACUUGAUUGUCACUGUGCCUUUUGAUAAGGAUGGCAGAACGAUGCAUUGUCUUUUACACACAACUGCACUGAGGGAUGAUGGUUCGAUCAAGUUCAUCAUCAUCUAGGAGUCCCACUCCGGAAAAGCACAGACGUCGUGAUGUUUCCCCACGCUACAGACGUCACUCCUCCAGUGACAGAGAGGACUCACGACACGGACGGAAAGAUGACGUAAAAAGACACAGGAAAAAGAAUGGUGACCAUAUGCAUAGGGACAGAUCACGGUCACCUUUUUCAAAGAGAAGUAGGUCAAGGUCGCCAUUUACUAAGAGGAUUAGGUCAAGGUCACCAUAUUCAAAGAGGAGCAGGUCAAGGUCACCUUACUCACGAAGAAAGAGGUCAAGGUCUAAAUCACCUCAUUAUAAGAGGGAGCCUCGUGGUUCACCACAAUAUAAUGAUUACAGAAUAUCAAGAUCAAACAAAAAUGAUGCACAUUGGUCUCCUGGUUUGCGGAAAUCAAGAUCUAGGUCACCUGUUUCUCGGAGGGAGAGGUCAAGGUCACCUGAGAGGAAUUACCCGUCAUCAAGAGGACAAGACAGGGAAAUGAGGCAGAAUGGUUUUGGGGGCUACCAUCACCAGAGUCGAGACCAACAUAGCAUGCAUACAGGGCCGUCAGACUUCAUGGAGAGACGGAGACAGGAGCGGGAACGUCUGGGAGAAGCUGGUGUUCCCGAAAUAUGGAACAGUUCCCCCCUACACAUUGAAAAUUCUGACAGUGAUGAAGUAGGACGGAGGAACAAGGCAUCCUCGGACUCGGACUCGGAUUCUGACAGCAGCUCAGAAGAAGAUAGAAAGAAGAAGAAGAAGAAGAAAAAGAAGAAGUCCAGUAAGAGUAAAAAGCACAAGAAACACAGCAAGAAAAGUAAGAAAGUGAAAAAAAGUAAAUCGAAGAAGUCCGCGAAGAAAAAGGCGAAAGUGAAGAGUGAGAGUGAAGAGACUGAGGAGAGCGGAGAAGAAGAGGAAGAUGUUGAGGCAGUCUGGACAGAAAGGAAAAUGUCAGAUGAAGAAGACGAAGACACAUUGGGUCCCCAGCCAUUUGUUGCUGGUGCUGGUGCUGGUGAGAAACUGAACUAUGGCCGAGCUCUGCUGCCAGGAGAGGGUGCUGCCAUGGCUGCCUACAUUGCCGAGGGGAAGCGUAUUCCCAGGAGAGGUGAGAUCGGAUUGACCAGCAACGAGAUCGAAGGCUAUGAGAAGUCCGGCUACGUCAUGAGUGGCAGCAGACAUCGGAGAAUGGAGGCUGUCCGAUUGCGUAAAGAAAACCAGAUCUAUAGUGCUGAUGAGAAGCGAGCUUUAGCCAAUUUCAACCAUGAAGAGCGUGCUAAACGAGAAGUGAAGAUUCUGUCUCAGUUCCGAGAGAUGGUUCACAAGAAGAUUGCAGAGAAACAAUAGUGGCCAAUCCUGCUUUACUGAUGAGGCGUUCAUUCAUUAAACCCUAAUGUUCAGGGUGCUGUUGUACAAAGCAAUCUUAGUGAUAAGGUGAUUGUAGUGAUUGCAGCUCCCUUAACUUAACAUAGUCUUACGAUAGUCGUAGCGCUAAGGUUGUUUUGUAUAACGGCACCCAGGCCCCGGUUCAUAAAGCAAUCUUAGCGCUACGACCAAUUUAUGGUAAAGUAUAGGAGUUAUUAUCAUAUCUUAGCGCUAAGAUAGCUUUGUGGAAAGGGACAUUGCACAUGCUUGUGAAGACCGUUCUUCAUGUGUACUGACAUAGGUGAACAAUUGUAAAGAACAUAAUCUGAGAGGGCGAACACCUUGUAAAGAACGUAAUCUGAGAGGGUGAACAUCUUGUAAUGAAUGUAAUCUGAGAGGGCGAACACCUUGUAAAGAAUGUAAUCUGAGAGGGCGAACACCUUGUAAAGAACGUAAUCUGAGAGGGUGAACAUCUUGUAAUGAAUGUAAUCUGAGAGGGCGAACACUUUGUAAAGAACAUAAUCUGAGAGGGUGAACACCUUGUAAAGAACAUAAUCUGAGAGGGUGAACACCUUGCACGUUCGUGAAAAACACUCUUCACGUCUACUGAGAGAGGUGAACAAUUGUAACGAAGGUAAUCUGAGGGGGCGAAAACCACAUACAGUGAAACCCUUGUGAAUUGUGAAAGUAGCAAAUUUUGAAGAGGUCACUGAAGCAUUAAGAUAUUAAUGUUGAUGGUAUAGCUGAAAAUAACAGAUACGUACAUAAAUAUAGGUAAAGGUGUUCAUUGUGUACCAUUAAUACUUGCAGAGAAAGGCUAGGGAUUUAGGUAUUUCCUUCCUUGAUUAUCCAGUGUCUCCAUUCUGUUCUGUAAAUACCCUGGACUUGUUUGCCUCCUGGGAGUCAUUUCAGAAGUGACGUGACCAAUCACAAACUUAGCACAAGUUUUCUCUUGCCCAGGAGUUAUUUAAUUGGUUCAUUAUACAUUGUGCCAUUCAAAUCUGGCUUAAAACAAGGGUACACAGAGAAUGGGUCAAGGGUAUUUGUCAGAAUCAAAUUGAGAUAUGAUAUACUAGAUGAGUGAGGUAUUUCCGAUGUUUUGUUUUUACAAGUACAGGUGAACAACCUCAGUUCAUACCUCUUUUUGAUUAAAACUGGCAGAAAGGAAAGGUAGAAAGGUAGUUAGGGCAUCACAAAUCUUCAUAUCGAAGAUAAUCUUUGGUUUAAACUGUUUUAAAAUUAGGAUUGGGCGAGAUAAUCAGUAUUAUGCAAACUGCUUACUAAACACAAAUUGUACGAAGUUAUAUGUAUAAUUCCUUGCACAUUUAUCAGCAGUGUGUGAGCCAAGCAGUACAAGUAUACUAAGACCUCUACGGAUGAUCGGAUGAUUAGAAUCUGACUACAUUUCUAGAUUUAAUUUUCGUGUCCAUUUGUACAUAUGGUUAUGAAUUAUUUUUAUGUAUAUGUUCCUUUUUGCAAUGUAAAUAUGAGAUCAUGAUCGUUAAACUGACAAAAAUAAAGACUGCAUCACUC